UAAUAUGUGCGAAUUUGUCGUCCGGCAUUUAUUAUCGUCUUUAUAGAGAUUUGUCGGCGUGUGGUCAUUUACGCAUAGUGUGAUCAAAGCUCGCUGGAGGCGAGCUCCGGUCUCCGAUUCCGAAAGUCCGCUCGCGAGAGAUCCGGUUGGCCGCAAGCGUGCGAAGCGUGCGUUACGUAAUAUUCGGCGCUGGACAGCGGACAACUUCACGAUCGUACGGCGCGCCGCCGCUGUCGCGCGCGAUCUCGUCUCAUCCGCGGCUUACUUUACACGGCACUCGGCACGAAGGUUGCGCAGCCCGUGGCCGAUAUUCCCAUAAUUGUGCACAUUUCGUUUUCUAGGUACCUUGAGUAGCGUCUCGUGAGACAUCGCAUCCAUAGCAAACGUCACCAUGUACGCCUGCAGCCGAUUCAUCGCACCCGUCGCCAAAUCCACCCUGGUCUCCGGCACCAAGACCUAUCUGCGGCCGCUGAGCAGUGCCGUGAUCAGCCAUAGUCAAUACUUGCAGCAGAAUCAAAUUCAAACGCCCGUCAGUUUGUCACCUAUUGUGCGUAGCUUUCAAACUUCCACAGUCAGUCGUGACAUCGAUUCUGCUGCAAAAUUUAUUGGCGCUGGUGCUGCUACAGUAGGGGUAGCAGGAUCUGGUGCUGGAAUUGGAUCUGUGUUUGGUUCGCUGAUCAUCGGCUAUGCUAGGAAUCCUUCUUUAAAACAACAACUAUUCUCAUAUGCCAUCUUGGGCUUUGCCUUGUCCGAAGCCAUGGGUCUAUUUUGUCUUAUGAUGGCUUUCCUGCUACUAUUCGCCUUCUAAGCCACGAUAUAAGAUUCUGCUGAUAUAGUUUUAGUGCGUCACUGCCAAGGCAGCGUCGUCCGAUUCUACAGGAAAGGUGACGACUGUCUCUGGUUGCGCGGGAUGCCAUGAAAUUAUUAGAGAAGCUCAAAUUUUUCAUGGCUCGGUGGGGCGCGACGGCGCGGCAAUGAACGAAAAUUUGAAAAAACUAUAACACAUCAUUGUGCAGCCCGUCCCAGUCCUGUCCAAGCCUUCAGCUUGUUUAUAAUCAUUUCAUGGCCUACUGUCUCAUGUAGCGUAUGAUUCAUAUUAUUAUAAAAUAAUGAAUUUCAUUGUAACGAAUGAACAAGAUAUUGAAAGUUGAAAUUACAAAAAAAAAGCGACAGCCUCACCCGCAUUCCCAUACAAUAUGCACGUAUGUACUCUAUUAGAGUGUCCUAUGUGACAGUACAUUUUUCGAUGAUCUUUUUCUCAUUCGAAGGAUUCAUCAUUGUUGUGCCGCCGUGUACGCACGUUAUUAAGGUUAUUCUUGACGAGAAAAGAAGAAAAACUGUACAGUAAUACCGAAUAAACAUCUUUGUCGUGAAA